AUGCCCCAAAAUAGACAUUUUCAACCAAAGAAAGUAUCCGAGGAAUUAGAUUUGGUAUGUUACAUACAUAAAUCACAUUUCUGUCUCAUAAGAAGAAAUAACAAAACCUUAGGCAUUAAAGAAAUAGAAGAUAAUGACAAUGAAAAUGUAUCGAGAACUUGUAAAGAUGAUAAGGCAGUAACACAAGUUUCACCUCUAAAACUAAAUAUUUUUCCAACAAUUCACGAUGAUUGUCUAUACGCAUGGGAUUGGGAAACUUACAGCGAAAAAGAAACGAAUAAAGCCAUUCCUUAUUCUUGCACGUUAAUUAAUUUAGAAAAACUAAGAAGAAUGUUAGACGGAAUAAAACAUAACUUUCCAGAUUUAAAUCCCACUGAUAAUGUUCCAGAAGAAUUUUACAAUAAAUUAAUGAAUAUAGUAGAAAUAUUUGUGGGUAAAGAUUGCAUUGAACAAAUGUUGCAACGUUUAGGAAAAGUAGAUCAAAAAAGAUUAACAUUAAUUUCUCAUGACGAUCUUAGAAAUAAAUAUAAACGAGAAGGUAAUAUUGUGGGGAGUAAUUGCAUGAAAGUAUUAGGUAAUUCCUUGUUUGGUAAAUCUAUUCAGAAGGAUAUAACUACAUCGAGACAUUUAUGGAGUGAAGCAACUUUAAAAGCCAACUUCGAUUCACAUGUCAAAAGUUAUCCUAAAGUAAAUGAGACUCUAUAUAUCGUUGAGAUAAAUGAAGAAGAAAAAGAAUUUGACUGUAUACCUCCUAAAUCUACACGACUAACACCUAGUCAUCUGGGUUCAUUCGUAUUAUCUCACAGUAAAAAAAUAAUGAAUAAUUUUAUUCACGUAAUAGAUGGAUUUUAUAAGCCAGAAAUAUACUAUACGGAUACUGAUAGUUUAUACAUUUCACCUAGCAAUUGGGAUAAAUUAGAUGAAGCAGGGCUGGUAUCUGAAAAUGAUUAUUGUAAAGGAAAGAAUGAUUACGGUGAUGGUGGAAUUAUAUAUGGUUUAUAUUUAGCGCCGAAAGUCAAAUACAAUAUCAUUCUAACUUCCGGCGGUAUUCUAAAAGAAAAGACGACGUGUAAGGGUUACAUGAUGUGA